UCCACGUGUGUUCAACUUUCUCAAAGUUGGGCGAGAGUCCUGCCUGCUGCACAUUCCUCUUGAGUCUCUGACGUGGAGGGAGGUCCAGGGUGCAGCGCAGCUUGAGGCACUGUGCGGGGUGCAGGGAUCGGACUUGGAGGGAGCAGACCUGGUUUUGGAGAGAGAGCGCGCGGAAGAGGCUACUUUGGAGGAAAUGCUGUCCUUCUGGGAUGUGGCCAUUGAGUUCUCUUCAGAAGAGAGGGAAUACCUGGAGCCUGCUCAGUGGAAUUUGUACAGGGAUGUGAUGUUGGAGAAUUACAGCAACCUUGUAUUCCUUGGUCUUGUUGUGUCUAAGCCACACCUGGUGACAUUUAUGGAGCAAAGACAAGAAUCUUCAGAUGUGAACAGACAAGCAGCAGCCAACGUGCAGCCAGGAACAACAUUCAAUGAUUAUAAUGAUUACAGCAAGGGUAUUGACUGUAACUCAUUGCUUAUUCAACGCCAGAGAAUUCAUACAAGGGAGAAACCCUACCAGUGUAAAGAAUGUGGUAAGGGCCUUAGUUCUUAUAAAACACUUUCCAUACACCAGAGACUUCAUACUGGAGAAAAGUCUUACAGAUGUAAAGAAUGUCAUAAGGCCUUCAAUACUCGCUCAUCACUUUUUAUACACCAGAAAAAUCAUACUGAUGAAAAAACCCACAAGUGUGAAGAAUGUGGCAAAUCAUUUUACUAUCCUUCAAUGCUGAAGCAACAUCAAAGAAUUCAUUCUGGAGAGAAACCCCACAAGUGUGAAAAAUGUGGCAAAGCUUUUUAUGAUCCUUCAUUCCUGAAGCAUCAUCAAAAAAUUCAUUCUGGAGAGAAACCAUGCAAGUGUGAAGAAUGUGGCAAGGCUUUUCAUUAUCCUUCAGUGCUGAAGCAACAUCAAAGAAUUCAUUCUGGAAAGAAACCCUACAAGUGUGAAGAACGUGGCAAGGCUUUUUAUUAUCCUUCAGUUCUGAAGCAACAUCAAAGAUAUCAUUAUGGAAAGAGACCCUACAAGUGUGAAGAAUGUGACAAAUCCUUUUACACUCCUUCAGUGCUGAAUCAACAUCAAAAAAUUCAUUCUGGAGAGAAACCAUGCAAGUGUGAAGAGUGUGGCAGGUUUUUUUCUUCAUUUUCAUACCUUAGACAACAUCAAAGAAUUCAUUGCAAAGACAAUCCCUACAAGUGUGAGGAGUGUGGCAAAAUGUUUUCCCAUUCUGCAAUCCUUCAGAGACAUCAUAAAAUUCAUGGAGAGAGACCAUACAAGUGUGAAGAAUGUCACAAAACCUUUCUUUAUCACUCAGCACUUAAGAAACACAAGGUAGUUCAUACAGGACAGAAACUAUACCUGUGUGAAGAGUGUGGCAAAUGUUUUUCCUCAGCUUCAUACCUUAGACAACAUCAAACUAAUCACUAUGAAGACAAUCCUUACAAGUGUGAAGAGUGUGGCAAAUGUUUUUCCUCAGCUUCAUGCCUUAAACGACAUCAAAUAAUUCACUGUGAAGACAACCCUUACAAGUGUGAAGAGUGUGGUAGAUGUUUUUCCUCGGCUUCAUGCCUUAGAGUACAUCAAAUAAUCCAUUCUGAAGACAAUCCUUAUACAUGUGUACAAUGUGGCAAACGAUAUUCUUGUUCUAGGGAUCUUCAGGAACAUCAAACACUUCAUACUGGAGAAAAAUUAUACAAGUGUCAAGAAUGUGGUAAAGCCUUUCAUUAUCACUCAGCUCUUAGGAGGCACAAGGCAAUUCAUAAUAUAGAGAAACCCUUCAAGUGUGAAGAAUGUCACAAAGCCUUUCGUUGUCUAUUAUAUCUUAGGAAACACAAGAGUGUUCAUACUGGAGAGAAACCAUACAAGUGUGAAGAAUGUCACAAAGCCUUUCCUUAUCUCUCAUCCCUUGGGAAACACAAGAGAAUUCAUAGUGAAGAGAAAUCCUACAAGUGUGAAGAAUGUCACAAAGCCUUUCCUUAUCUCUCAUCCCUUGGGAAACACAAGAGAAUUCAUAGUGAAGAGAAAUCCUACAAGUGUGGAGAAUGUCACAAAGUCUUUCCUUACCCCUCAUCCCUUAGGAAACACAAGACAGUUCAUACUGGAGAGAAACCUUACAAGUGUGAAGAAUGUCACAAAGGCUUUCAUUAUCUCUCAUCCCUUAGGAGACACAGGAUAGUUCAUACUGGAGAGAACUCCUAAAACGGUGAAGAGUGUGACAAAUGGUUCUCUUCACCUUCAUCCCUUAGACAACAUAAAAAAGAAAAGGAAAUUCAUUCUGAAGACAAUCCCUAAAAUUGUGGAGAAUGUGACAAAAACGUUGUAAAUCUUUGUGUCUUUACUCAACACAUGGUAUAGUUCAUAGGGGAGAGAAAUCCAUUGAGAAAUGCCUCAAAAUGUUUAUUUUUUCAGCCGUUAAAAUACAUCAAAUGAUUCAUUCUG